CCCUUCACUUGCGUCAACUGGGUUCAUGCAACAUCUUUUUUCAGCAAUGGCCUUCUCUGAAACUUCUACUAAUUUUCCUCCUUUGACUUCCAAGCCCUUAGCUCUUCAAAACAAAAUUAUUACAAUUACAGGCGUCUGAUAUCUGGUUUUGGUAGAAUUAUUUUCAUUUUUUUUUUCUCUGCCGGCUACUCAUGUUGUAAGAUGAUACCAAAUUGAUCUUCUUCUACCUGGGAAACUAAAACUCUUUAAUGGGGAUUCGUUUAUGGUUUCUGCUUGUUUCUGUUGCUGUUGUUCUCCUUCUUGUCCAGGCCCAGAAUGAUGAUCAAUCAGGAUUCAUCAGCUUGGAUUGUGGGUCGCCAAAAGGUGUUAGAUUCGUUGAGAAUAAAACAAAGAUCGUUUAUACCUCCGAUGAAAGCUUCAUCGACACAGGCGAGAUUAGAAAUGUGUCAGCUGAAUUGCAACCACAAUUCCAGCAGCAGAUGUGGAAUCUCAGAAGCUUUCCUCAAGGAAUCAGGAACUGUUACAGGCUGAAUCUCACAAAAGGCAGCAAAUACUUAAUCAGGGCUAGUUUCUUAUAUGGAAAUUAUGAUGGUCUAAAUCAAUUACCUCAAUUUGAUCUUUAUCUGGGGCCUAAUUUGUGGGGCUCUGUAGCAAUACAAAAUGCAUCCAUCCCUGUUAUCAGGGAGAUGAUACAUGUAAUCUCCUCGGAUCAUUUACACGUUUGUCUAGUUAACACAGACAUGGGUAUACCUUUCAUUUCAGCUUUGGAAUUACGGCUGCUUAGAAAUACAACUUACAUCACAGAAUCUGGAUCGCUAGAACUUUUUACAAGAUUUGAUGUUGCUGGUUCUGCACUAAACCAAACAGCAUUCAGGUUCAACAAAGAUGCUAUUGAUCGUACCUGGGUGCCCUUUAGCUUCCAGGAGUGGGCCGAGAUAAGGACCUCGAAUCUUGUCAAUAUCAGAAAUGAUUAUUUGCCACCAGAAGUGGGUAUGCAAACUGCUGCGAUACCUAAAAAUGCUAGCAAACCUCUACUUUUGUCCUUGGAACCCAGUAAUAGGACUUCUCACUUUUAUGUGUACAUGCACUUUGCUGAGAUUCAAGUGCUUUUGCCCAAUGAGACCAGGGAGUUCAACAUUACUUACAAUGGACAGCAUUGGUUUGGACCUUUCAGUCCUCCUAACUUCACCACAACCACCAUAUUCAGCCCAUCUGCACUGCUGCCACUAAAUGGUUCUUAUGAGUUUUCUAUCUUCAGAACCAACAGGUCAACUCAUCCUCCUCUCCUUAACGCCAUUGAACUUUAUUCUGUUAAGGAACUCUCACGCUUAGAAACAGACCAAACAGAUGCUGAUGCCAUGCUGAAUAUCAAGUCAGCAUAUGGAUUGAAGGAAAACUGGGAAGGAGAUCCAUGUGCCCCUCAAGAAUUCGUCUGGCAUGGACUUAAAUGCUUCUAUCCUGACGGAAAGCCACCUAGAGUAACAUCAUUGAACUUGUCAUCCCUAGGAUUGAGCGGCAAUAUAUUUUCAGACAUAUCAAAUCUCUCUGAGUUAGCUGACCUGGACUUAUCAAACAAUAACUUAACUGGAGGAGUGCCGGACUUCCUAGCAAAAAUGGUUUCCUUGAAGGUCUUAAGGUUGGAUAAUAAUAGGCUAACUGGUUCUAUUCCUCCUGAACUGAUUCAAAAAUCAGACAACCAUAACUUAACGCUAAGUUUUGAAGGAAACCCAGGGCUCUGUGGGAAAGCUUCAUGUAAGAAAAGUAACAAAGUUGUUGUACCUGUGGUGGCAUCCGUUGCUUCAUUUUCUGUUAUAGUGAUAGUAGCAGGAGUGACAAUGUGGAUAAUUAGGAGGAAAAAACGAGCUGGGAUGGGGGAGAUUGCACAUAGCAGAGGACACCAAUCAUUGGUGCUGUCGAACAAUCGCCGUUUCUCAUACUCUGAAGUCUUGAAGAUCACAAACAAUUUUCAGAGAGUUCUCGGUAAGGGAGGAUUUGGAACAGUUUAUCAUGGCUACUUAGAUGACACACAAGUAGCUGUUAAGAUGCUCUCUCCUUCUUCAGUUCAGGGCUACAAGCAGUUUCAGGCCGAGGUAGAGCUCCUUUUGAGAGUUCAUCACAGAAAUUUGACAAGCCUUGUUGGGUAUUGCGAUGAAGGGACCGACAUGGCACUCAUCUAUGAGUAUAUGGCUAAAGGGAACUUGGAUGAACAUAUAUCAGAAAGGAGUAGAAACAUAAUGAGCUGGGAGAGAAGGCUGCAAGUAGUAUUGGAGGCAGCACAAGGAUUGGAGUAUUUGCACUAUGGCUGCAAGCCACCCAUUAUCCACAGAGAUGUGAAGACUACAAAUAUUCUGCUAAAUGACAAUUUGCAAGCCAAACUAGCAGAUUUUGGGUUGUCAAGAACUUUCAUGGUUGAAGGAGACACUCAUGUCUCAACAGUUGUUGCUGGCACUCCUGGAUAUCUAGACCCUGAAUAUUACUUAUCAAACAGGUUAACGGAGAAGAGCGAUGUGUACAGCUUUGGAGUUGUUUUAUUGGAGGUAAUUACAGGCCGGUCGGUGAUUAUGAAAACACAUGAAAAGAUUCAUAUUAGUCAGUGGGUAAGUUCGAUGCUAGACAAUGGUGACAUAAAAAAAAUUGUAGAUCCCAGACUUGUUGAAGAUUUCGAUAUUAAUUCUGCCUGGAAAGUGCUUGAAGUGGCAAUGGCCUGUGUUUCUCCAACCUCCUUUGAAAGGCCAACCAUGACUCAAGUAGUGGCGGAACUGAAAGAAUGUCUGGCAGCUGAGACAGCCAGGACCAAUUAUGGGAGCCCAGAAUCUGAUUCAAAAGAGUCCAUCAAUUUAGUGGCUGUGAGCCUUGCCAGCCAACAGACUCCCCUGGCAAGGUAAUUUUGUACAGGUUGCUUCAAUGAAUGUUUGUUCGUGUAUAUCUGUGUCUGAAGAGAAUGAUAACAGUGAAAGAAGCUUAACAAGCUUCUAUCAGUCUGUCUGUAAUUUCCAUAUAAACCUGUUCAUAUGUAUCACCAUAUUUUUCAGUAAUUUCUUACUAUCAUGUUCAGAAUCAACUUGGAAACAAGACGAUUAUGAAGUUAAAACGA